UCUCUUUUCCAAUGUUCUCGCCCCCAACCCCCCACAAUCAGUCUGAAGAAGGGCCUUAACCCGAAUGUUCUCCAGAUCAGCUGCGUGACACGCGAUUACUCCGGCAUUUGUGUCCUUUUAUGUCAUGCUACCCUAUCCACGCGUGAUGCACUUACGGGGAGCUCCGGACUUGCACCCGCGAUCCGCCUGGAUCAAACUGCAUACACCGAGGACCGCACCUGUCCCCUAGUCAUCGGCAGCAGCUGCCACACUUAAUCAAUCUAACCUUUAGUGGCCGAAUAUCCCUUCCCCAUCCCUCCCGUCGACACAGAGCACCCGAUCCUGGUUUUAGUUAUCGGUUUGGCGAAGCUGUUGACCCGGGCUUCGCGCGUUAUAUCGCGGGCCGAGCCCGUGAGCGAGCCGGCGCUCCGUGAGCUACUCGAGCCGAGGGAAAGACUGCGGCCGGUGUGUUCUCUGCUUGCAGCGAGCUGGGAGAGUCAUCCGACAACGCCACCUGGUCACACCCCAACAUGAGUGCCUGCUGGAAGGUGCCGGGCAGCAUCCGGGAGCUCGAGUCGCUACAGAUCACCGCCGAGAACAAGCAGGAGGUUGCGGAACACAUCGUUCGGCUGACGGCUGCGGCGUACAACUUCUCGCAACACGACCUGGAAAUCGUGGUGUCCAAGGCGAGCGACAUCGUGGGCACGGCCGCCAUCAGCGUGCAGCUGGCCAAUGACUUACUGGACAUCAUCGACAACCUACUGAAUAAGACGCACACCUUGGGGCCGCUCUCCUCCAGCAUCCUGCAUCUGGUGGAGAGGGUGGGAAACCAGAUUCGGUUCCCGGGCACCCAGCUCAACAUCACCACGGCCACCGUGUCCCUCAACAUAGUCAACGUCAGCCUCCUCCAGUUCUGGGACAUCGCCUUCGGAGUUAUCUCCUACAUCAACGGCUUCACCCAGCAGGUUUACCUGAACAAAACCUCCCCACCCGAUCCUGUCGCGUUUAUUUCUCUCCCCGCAACAUUUGGUUCGUGGACCACGAGAGCUCUCCCGUCCCGGAUACAAUUCCAGUUCUAUGGAGAAACGUCACUCUUUAACGACUCGCAUCGCCGCGGCCAGGUCCUCAACAGUUACGUGGUGUCCAGCAGCAUCGGGGAGACCAGUGUUCAAAACCUGAAGGAACCGGUGCAGGUCACACUUCGCCACUUAAAACCAAAGGAGAGCGGUCAGCGGGUGUCCUGCGUCUUCUGGGACUUUCGACAGCACCGCGGAGCGGGCGGCUGGAACGGCUCGGGCUGUGAGGUUACGAGCAGCAGCGGCGACUACACCAACUGCUCCUGCGAUCACCUCACCCACUUCGGCAUCUUACUGGACAUCUCCGGGCAGACGAUCGACCCGCUCAACCUGUGGAUCCUUACCCUCAUCACACACGUGGGCUGCGGCAUCUCGUCCUUCUUCCUGGGGCUCAUCCUCAUGACCUACAUGGCCUUUGGGAACCUGCGGCAGGACUACCCCGCCAAGAUCCUGGUCAACUUGUGCGCCUCGCUCUUCCUGCUGAACAUGGCGUUCCUCACCAACUCCUGGCUGUCGUCCUUCGGCCAACGCGGGCUGUGUGUGGCUGCCGCAGCCACGCUGCAUUACCUACUGCUCAGCUCCUGCUCCUGGAUGUGUGUCGAGGCCAUCCACAUGUACUUCGCGCUGGUCCGGGUCUUCAACAUCUACAUCCGCCAUUACCUCUUCAAGUUCUGCCUGAUCGGUUGGGGACUACCGGCGGCCGUUGUCAUCUGCGUGCUCUCCAUCGACAUGGCUGCAUACGGACCCCAGGAGGUGAAGUCUGCGGGGCCGCUGGACAACUUCUGCUGGUUGAAGAGCGGCCCGGCCUUCUACGUGUCGGUGGUGAUCUACUGCGGCCUUGUGUUGCUGGUCAACUUCAGCAUGUCGGCGGUGGUGCUGCGGCAGCUGCGGGCCAUGCGCUCGGCGCAACGCGGGGGCAGCUCGGGGGGGCGGCUGCUGCAGCACCUGCGAGCCACCGCCAGCCUCACCGUCCUGCUCGGCCUCACCUGGGGCUGCGGCUUCUUCGCCUGGGGGCCCGCGCAGCUCCCCUUCUCCUACCUCUUCUCCAUCCUCAACACGCUGCAAGGGUUCUUCAUCUUCGUCUUCCACUGCCUCCUGAAGGAGAACGUGCGGACCCAGUGGAGGAUUCACCUGUGCGGCGGCCGCCUGCAGCUCAGCCAGUGCUCCGACUGGAGCAAGGCCAAAGCUGGGGCCACGAUCAGAGGUCAUCGCGCCGGCUCGUGGGCCGACUCCAAGUCGGGCUCCAUCACCACAUCCUGCACCGGCUCUAGGAAGAAUCUGAUCCUCCCACAGGACUACGAGACCGGUUUCGAUUUCAGUAACCAGUGGAGUGACCAACGCAACGAUUGGAGUAAUCAGUGGAAUGACGGGAGUGACCGUUGGAACGGCCGGAGUGAUGGGAAUGACCAGUGGAACUUGCGAAGUGACGGGAAUAUCCAGUGGAACGGGCAGAGUGACGGGAAUAUCCAGUGGAACGGGCAGAGUGACGGGAAUAUCCAGUGGAACGGGCGGAGUGACGGGAAUAUCCAGUGGAACGGGCCAGUGGAACGGGCGGAGUGA